CAAGUGUUACACCCCCAGCCACAUCAGCGCAUCUGUUCAGAAAAAUGAACUCCAAAGUGUUCUCCUUACAUGAGGUCCUUGCCGUCGCGAGGAUCCACCCCUUCUAUUCUGCCCAGAUCCAGUACCCCCCCGACUCUAAGGCAAUCCAGAAUGCCUUGGACGCGGCGGCAAGUGACCAGGCAGCGCCGGAUUUUCGUCUCUUCCCCCUCACCACAAAGAAACAACUGUACAAGGCCAUCGAGCGGCUAACGGCCGACACGAGCCCCGAGAAUACCUACCGCCAUAGCUCCUACCUCAGCAUCACUGGCGGCGGAUCUGGCGGUCUUCCGAUGUUGUUCGCGACGGACGCAUUUGAAAAUCGCGUGCAGCGGGCCCGCAUGGGUGAGUUCAUCCGAACAUGUGGUCUUGUUGGGCCUGGCGACUGGGUCCUGACUACCCACACCUCCGGGCACUUUUACCGAUCGCUUGACCUCACCCUGGAGAUACUGGAGAAUGCGGGUGCGAGCGUUCUGUCUGCCGGAAACGUUAUGGAGCUGGCCGAGGUGACCGCCGCCCUGGCGCACUACCGCGGCAACGUCUUAUCUGGCGACGGCAGUCAAGUCAUCAGGGCCAUCCACCACAUCGCGACGCUCCCGGCGGAAGAGCGCAAGCUAAUCAAGAUAGAUAAGAUCAUCUAUACAUCCGAGCCCCUCACCCCCGCUCAAAGAGCGUAUGUCACCCACGUCCUCGGACCAGUGAAGAUAUAUUCUCUUCUAGGAAGCUCGGAGGCAGGGCCGUGGGCGCUCAGCUGCCCUGAUCUCACAGGAGACGGGCCCCCGGAAGUUCCGGGGGCCGCCGAUUUCGUGUUUGACACGCGCACGAUGCGGAUCGAGAUUCUCGACCCGUCCGCUCUUGACGGGGGUGACGACAGCGCCGGGGAAGGAGGCGAGUCCCUCCCAGACGGAUCGCCGGGCAUCAUCGUCCAAACGUCCCUACAGCGCCUGAAGAACCCCCUCGUGCGCUACGUGAGCGGCGACAUCGGGUCUCUGCACCCGCUACCAGAGCUCGCUACCACCUCCGGCGUGAUACCCCUGAGUGAACUCGAACACUUCCGGGUCCUCCGCCUACGCGGCCGCGACGGCCGCUUUAGCUUCAAGUGGUACGGGAUGUAUUUCGAGUUUGACAAGCUGGCGGCCUUUAUGCAGGCCGAGGAGCGCGGAAUUUUGCAGUGGCAGGUUGUCUUGGCCAGUUCGGAAUCGUCACCGGAGUUGACCCUUGAAGUCCGGGUUCUUGUUCCCUCUUCUAACGUUGGUGAUGCCGUUGCCGCCAAGUCCGAGCUUGUCAAGGCAAUCGAGGAUUAUUUUGUUGUGUUCCCAGAAAAUACCCACCUCUUUCUAAUCAAGUUCGUCAAGGACUUGACCGAGUUUGAGAGGAGUAGCACUGGUGGGAAGGUAUUGCAUUUCAUAGAUAGAGCGCACUAA